GGGCAGUUCUUCAAGACCGCCCCCCCAACACACACACACAGUCAACAGGCUGGAUGCAGGACGCUGAGCCUCCCCACUUCCCUCCAGAACAUCUUCGCCUGGUGUGGUGGAAAGUCCAACAUCCUGGAGCGCAACAAGGCGCGGGACCUGGCCCUGGCCAUCCGGGACAGUGAACGGCAGGGCAAGGCCCAGGUGGAGAUCGUCACGGAUGGGGAGGAGCCUGCCGAGAUGAUCCAGGUCCUGGGCCCCAAGCCUGCUCUGAAGGAGGGCAACCCCGAGGAAGACCUCACAGCUGACCGGACAAACGCCCAGGCUGCGGCUCUGUAUAAGGUGGGUACUCUGGCCUGCCCUGGGCCCAGGCAGGGGUGCUGAAGGGAGAGAAGAAAGCCUGGGGAAGA